AAAAUGCUUUAGGUGAGGUGAGGUUCCGCCGGCCGGGCCCAGUUGAUUCCUCCUCCUCCAUCUUGAGGCACAGACGAGAUGGCUCUGCUCUCUGCACGACUCGCCUCCUCCUUGGCCCGCCAGCUGCCCAGGGCCACCCCACAGGUGGCUAAGCUCCUGCCGGCAGCUUCCAUCGUCUCCCGCAAGCUUUCCACCAGCAAUGUCACGGCGGCCACAGCUGAGGUGUCCACCAUCCUUGAGGAGCGCAUCCUUGGUGCUGUUCCCAAGUCUAACCUGGAGGAGACUGGUCGUGUACUGAGCAUCGGUGAUGGUAUCGCCCGUGUCUAUGGCCUCAAGAACAUCCAGGCCGAGGAGAUGGUGGAAUUCUCCUCGGGCCUCAAAGGUAUGGCCCUUAACUUGGAGCCUGACAAUGUUGGUGUUGUGGUGUUCGGUAACGACAAGCUGAUCCGAGAGGGCGACAUCGUGAAGCGUACCGGAGCCAUCGUGGACGUGCCCGUUGGCGAGGCCAUUCUGGGCCGUGUGGUGGACGCUCUGGGCAACACCAUUGAUGGCAAGGGACCCAUCACUGGCGGCAACAGGGCCCGUGUGGGUGUGAAGGCUCCUGGCAUUAUCCCCCGCAUCUCUGUGAGGGAGCCCAUGCAGACCGGCAUCAAGGCCGUCGACUCCCUGGUGCCCAUCGGCCGUGGCCAGCGUGAGCUGAUCAUUGGAGAUCGUCAGACUGGAAAGACCGCCAUUGCCAUUGACACCAUCAUCAACCAGAAGCGUUUCAACGAUGGCGCCGAGGAGAAGAAGAAGCUGUACUGCAUCUACGUUGCCAUCGGCCAGAAGAGGUCCACUGUCGCCCAGAUCGUGAAGAGGCUCACUGACACUGAUGCCAUGAAGUACACCAUUGUCGUGUCAGCCACCGCCUCCGACGCCGCUCCCCUGCAGUACCUCGCCCCCUACGCCGGCUGUGCCAUGGGAGAGUACUUCCGCGACAACGGCAAGCAUGCCCUCAUCAUCUACGACGAUCUGUCCAAGCAGGCUGUUGCCUACCGUCAGAUGUCCCUGCUGCUGCGUCGUCCCCCUGGCCGUGAGGCUUACCCUGGUGAUGUGUUCUACCUCCACUCCCGUCUCCUGGAACGUGCCGCCAAGAUGAACGACACCAACGGCGGUGGCUCCCUCACUGCCCUGCCCGUCAUUGAGACCCAGGCCGGUGAUGUGUCCGCCUACAUCCCCACAAAUGUCAUCUCCAUCACCGACGGACAGAUCUUCUUGGAGACUGAGCUCUUCUACAAGGGUAUCCGCCCUGCCAUCAACGUGGGUCUGUCUGUGUCCCGUGUAGGCUCCGCUGCCCAGACCAAGGCCAUGAAGCAGGUUGCCGGGUCCAUGAAGCUGGAGUUGGCCCAGUACCGUGAGGUGGCCGCCUUCGCACAGUUCGGCUCUGACCUCGAUGCCUCCACCCAGCAGCUGCUGAACCGUGGUGUGCGUCUGACUGAGCUCCUCAAGCAGGGACAGUACGUGCCCAUGGCCAUCGAGGAGCAGGUAGCCGUCAUUUACUGUGGCGUGCGAGGCCACCUGGACAAACUGGACCCCUCCAAGAUCACCAAGUUCGAGCAGGAGUUCAUGGCCAUGAUCAAGACCAGCCACCAGGACAUCCUCACCACCAUCGCCAAGGAGGGCCACAUCACCCCGGAGACUGAUGCCAAGCUGAAGAAGAUCGUCACAGACUUCAUCGCCACCUUCCAGGGUUAAGAUUAUUUAUUGAGCGUGUCUGUUGAAAACUCACCGGCAGGAGAUCCACAUAUUCCCUCACGCUGAGAGAAUGGACUUGUUGAUAUUUUUGUUUCCACGCCUUGUCUGGAAGUGCUUCGUACAGGGGAAUGUCUAGAUUUCCUGAUGUAUAUAUAAGCCAAUGGCAAUAUGUCAGAGGAUUCUUAGCUCUGAACACCUUCCCUUCUCUCCCUUAACAUUUCCAUAUUUUUUAAUUAUUAUGGAGGUAGCCCGCCACCUUGUAUAUAGAAAAUAUUAUUGUCCCAGAAUUCUAUUGAUGAGUUUAAAAGGCAAAUAAGGAAAAAAAUAUGUGUAGAGGUUCUCCAUAAUAAAUAAAGGGACCUUUUUUA